AUGUUGACUAGCAUGGCACGUCGACCACCAACACAUGUUCAUCAUAUGAAUGGUCUUCAUCAUCAACCAUAUCAUUCGAAACAAAAUAAUGAUGACGAUGACGAUAAUGAAGAAGAACGUGAUGCUCGACGUGCUCGUUCACGUAUUUUAGCGAAUAAAUUAUCUGAAUCUUUAUUACAUCGUUCAUCAUCAUCAUCAUCAACAACAAAUAAAGAAGAUUCAAUUGAACAACGUAUUAAAACUGCUAUUGACAUAUGUGAUAUUGAUACAUUAAAACAAAUUUAUUGUCAUACAUCAUGUCAAAUACCUAUUGAACGUUGUUUUAAAUUUGGCGGUUGGACAGCCUUAAUACAUGCUGCUUAUGCAUGUCAUUUAUCGCUUGUAUCAUUUUUUAUCUUGGAACUUGGUGCUGAUGUUAAUAGCAAAAGUUUAGAACAAAUGACUCCAUUAAUGGCAUGUUGUAUGUCAUCUCAUUCAAAAAGUGCAACAACAAAUGGUAAUGAAGAACAACUUGCAAUUUGUCGAUUAUUACUUGAACAAGGUGCACAAAUUGAACCAUCAUCGGAAUUAACAGAUGAAAAAACUAUGACACCUUUAAUGUUAGCUGCUCGUUUUGGUUGUUCACCAUCAUUAAUAUAUUUAUUAGUUGAAUAUGGUGCAAAAAUUGAUCGAUGUGAUGCAAAAGGAUGGUGUCCUUUGAUAUUAGCAACACAACAUGGUCAUUUAGGUUCUGUUGAAGCUUUAAUACGUUCUGGUGCUGAUUUAAAAGCUACAACAAAUAAUGGACUAACAGCUCUUGAUAUUGCUCGACACUUGAAAUAUGAAAAUAUUGUUCAGUUUUUUCUUGCACAACAAAUACAAUCAACUUCCUCCCAGUCAUCAUCUCUUUCUUCUUCUUCUUCGUCGUCGUCAUCAUUAUUAUCUAAUAAUCAAUGUAAGACGAUAAAUGAAAAUGUGAAUGAAGAAGUUUUUGUCAAUAAUAAUGACAAUAUUGUUAGAUUAUCAUCUGAUAUACAUUCAAAUGAACAGUCAUGGAAAUCAAUGGCUUAUAUGGGAGUAGUAGCAACAGCUAUUGGUGGUGCUCUUCUAUUAAGUCUUGUGUAUAUGCGACGAUAA